AUAAUGAUCAUCCUUUCAAUAAUUGCUCAAAAUACCUUAUUCAGCCUCAACUGAAUAAUGAUAAUGGUCAAUAUACGGGAAAGUUUGAGCCAAAAGAUCGUACCUUUCCCUAUGGCGGCUACCCAACUUUCACCGUCAACAUUUUUGACUCUGUAAAUAAAACAAUAGCAGAUGAGAUGUAUGAUGAAUCUGUGAAAGAUACUUAUUUUGAGAAGUCGACCACUUUUGUUACAUCGGCCUUCCGGAAAAAUAGGGCUUUCUUGGGUCAUCCAACAACUAGAAAUGAUACAUAUUUCAUGUCGGCCGCAUCAGGGUUUCAGAUUGAUCCUAAUGAUUUCAUGGUCGAGACACAGAUAGAACAGAGAAAUAAAAGUGCUCUGUCUGUCAUUUCAAAUGUGUUGGCUAUAACUGGAGCAUUGCUAACACUAGACGUAUUCCUAUUUGGUUUUAGAACUAAAAAGCCAUGGGGAUUUAUACGAACAUAUUUUUUAAGAAAUACGAUAGAAGAAAGUCAUCAAAAUCUACUUCAAACUCAAUUAGAGAAUACAACACAAUUAGUGGAAGAAAUUAAUAAAUUGAAAGAUUUCCUCAGUACUGUUUUUGAUACUGAAUUAUGCAAGUAUUCAGAUAUUAAAGAAAAUUUUAAAGAAAAAUUUGAGAAUGUUUUAGACCGUCAAGCAAAUAAGGUUUAA